AUGCGCAUCAGCAAUUACUUUCAAUAUUCUCCCCCAAGACAGAACGAGAAUCAGACCUAUGCAAGGGAUAGAAGGCAACCAGACUGUUCCUCUGAUCAGAAAUCGGACUACUCUGUACCUAUGCCAAGCAAAACAGAGGCCCAAUUAACAGCUAUAACCCCCUUUGAGUGCGGAGAACCUGUUCUCGACAUAUCCCUGUGGGACCCUGGAAGUGACUUCCCCUCCAUAUGUUACUGUGGGAACCUUACGUACACCCACCCCUCAGGCUUUAGCUGCACCUCUCUGCCUCUAAAUGUAACCUGUCAAAAGACGAUACCGGUGACCUCUCCCAUUCAGGCUCCAAAUGAAACUCUGUGUCCCCGAGAGUGCGAGUCCGCGGGGAUCUUUCUACACCCGGGGCCGACCCCUCCAAGUCCACGGGGAGAGCAGCGCGCCCACAGCGGGGCCGCCUGCACCCUGGCUCCCCAUAGGAAUGGGACCGCGGCGGGUACCCGCUCACCGCCAGGAACAAUCCCCGCACUGUUCCUGCCGGCGGCGGGUGCCAAGCUUCCGCGGCGCCCGGGCAGCCCCGGGUGCCAGGGGUCGGCUCGGGGAGCCGGGCUGGGAGCAGUCCCUGCCUACACUUGCCUGCCCUCCGGCCGGCCCGCGGCCACUCGCGUACGCUCCACGCGCCGCUGCCAUGUGUCUCGGGCCGCGCCAGCACCAGUGCCCCGGCUGCUGCUCCUAGCGCUGAGCGCAGCCGCAGCGGGCGCAUGGGAGCUCACGAUCCUGCACACGAACGACGUGCACAGCCGGCUAGAGCAGACCAGCGAGGACUCCACCAAGUGCCAAACGCCAGCCCUCUGCGUGGGCGGUGUGGCGCGCCUCUUCACCAAGGUGGAGCAGAUCCGCCGCGCCGAGCCCAACGUGCUGCUGCUCGACGCCGGCGACCAGUACCAGGGCAUCUGGUUCACCGUGUACAAAGGCGCCGAGGUGGCACACUUCAUGAAUGCCCUGCGCUACAAUGCCAUGGCACUGGGAAACCAUGAAUUUGAUAAUGGUGUAGAAGGGCUGAUCAAUCCACUGCUCAAAAAGGCCAACUUCCCGAUUCUGAGUGCAAACAUUAAGGCAAAGGGGUCCCUAGCAUCUCAAAUAUCGGGACUGUAUUUACCAUACAAGAUUCUUUAUCUUGGUGGUGAAGCUGUGGGAAUUGUAGGAUAUACCUCAAAAGAAACCCCUUCUCUCUCCAAUCCAGGCACGAGCUUAGUGUUUGAAGAUGAAAUCACUGCACUGCAACUUGAAGUAGAUAAGCUAAAAACUCUAAAUGUGAAUAAAAUUAUUGCACUGGGACAUUCUGGAUUUGAAAUGGAUAAACUCAUCGCACAGAAAGUGAAGGGUGUGGACCUGGUGGUGGGAGGACACUCCAACACAUUUCUUUACACAGGCAAUCCACCUUCCAAAGAGGUGCCUGCUGGGAAGUACCCAUUCAUAGUCACUGCCGAUGAUGGGCGCAAGGUUCCUGUGGUCCAGGCCUAUGCUUUUGGCAAAUACUUAGGAUAUCUAAAAGUCGAGUUUGAUGAAAAAGGAAAUGUCAUCACUUCACAUGGAAAUCCCAUUCUUCUAAACAGCAGCAUUCCAGAAGAUCCAAAUAUAAAGGCAGAUAUUAACCGUUGGAGGCUAAAACUAGAUAAUUACUCUACCCAGGAAUUGGGGAAAACCAUUGUGUACCUGGAUGGCACCACUCAAUCAUGUCGCUUCAGAGAAUGCAACAUGGGCAACCUGAUCUGUGAUGCUAUGAUUAACAACAACCUUAGACACCCAGAUGAAAUGUUCUGGAACCACGUGUCCAUGUGUAUUUUAAAUGGAGGUGGCAUCCGGUCACCAAUUGAUGAGCAAAAUAACGGCACCAUCACCUGGGAGAACCUGGCUGCGGUGUUGCCCUUUGGAGGCACUUUUGACCUGGUCCAAUUAAAAGGCUCCACCCUGAAGAAGGCUUUUGAGCACAGUGUGCAUCGGUACGGCCAGUCCACGGGGGAGUUCCUGCAGGUGGGCGGAAUCCACGUGGUGUAUGAUCUUUCCCGGAAACCUGGGGACAGAGUGGUCGGAUUGGAUGUGCUAUGUACCCGCUGCCGUGUGCCUAAGUACGAGCCUCUCAACUUGGAUGAAACGUACAAAGUGAUCCUCCCCAGCUACCUGGCCAGUGGGGGUGAUGGAUUCCAGAUGAUUAAAAAGGAAUUGUUAAAACAUGACUCUGGUGACCAAGACAUCAGCGUGGUUUCUCAAUACAUCUUAAAGAUGAAAAUAAUUUAUCCAGCAGUUGAAGGUCGGAUCAAAUUUUCAGCAGGAAGUCAUUACCAUGGAAGCAUUCCUUUAGUAUUUCUUUCUUUUUGGUCAGUGAUCUUUGUUUUAUACCAAUAGCCAAAAGUUCUUCUUGCCAUCAAUGUGAAACUGCAUUUCCCCCCAAGUGAAACUGAAAUCUGCCCUUUAGGUCCUAGCUUUGGGACCUGGCACAUCAUCUUCAGGCUCCUACAAGCUGCUUAGAGUAUUGUGCAAUGAAGAGAUUGAUUUCAUCUCUCCAGCAACCUAGUUAGAAGAAAGAGAAAGCAAUCAAAUAGGGAGAGUACCAACCAGACUGAGCAUGCACAUCCAAAUGUUAACAAAAUGUUAUUAACUUUAGCCACAUAAUUUCCCCCUGUAUAUCCAUUUGUGACCCAUCAAACAACAGUGUACAUAGAACUUUAUCAUUUACAAUAGUAUUUUAAGCACAUUGUCUCAUUUAAUGCCCACAAGCUCUUUCCCCUCACUUGGACAGAGAAGGAAACUGAUCAACUGCAUCAAGUUGAUGUUCAGAAUUAUGAUGAAAAUUUCUUCAUAACCAUCAGUGGCUCCAAGCUCGUGGAUGAUAAGCCUCUGCUUAUCUCUACCUUUUCCUUUUUUGGCUCCUGUUAAAAUAGCAAAUUUAAUGGGCUGAACACAUGACAGUAUUCUCUUGCUUCGCCUUGUGCCUUUGAUGAGUCAAGGAGCAAACUUGUGAAACAGAUAAUGGGAAAGGCCAAGAGCUGCAACAGGCAGUCAUGGGGCAAGGAAGAAAGGAAAGAUGAUGCCAGGACUGAGUUGCAUUAUAGAAAAUCCAGAGCUACUGAGCAUUUAGGGCUGGUAAGUAAGUAUUUGCAAAAGAGUGACAGCCUGGCUUGUAGCUUUGGCUGUUGUUAAUUUUAUGAGAUUGUCUGGCCCUGCUUCUAUGCAUAAGGUGUCACAGAGAACCUUCAAAAAUAAACUGUAAUUCUAACCCUGCACCUCUCCCUUCCCAAGAUACCAACAUUGCACAUAUUCUAGUUACACCAAACACACAGCAGGAGAUUCAGAGUUCCAGACAACAAGAGUUGAUUUUAAGAAGUGAUAUACGUAAGAUGUCUGAAGUCAGUCUGCCUUAAAAUUAAAUAAUCAUUGUAAGUCAUCCUCAAGUCCAGAUAUAAGAAUACAUGCAGACAAAUAGGGAACCCCUGAGGAGGUGCCCAAAAAUACUGACAGAUGAAAUAAUUUAUGCCCCAAAGCAAAUAUGUGCUCAACACGUAGUAGGACCAGGUAGCCUCUUCAACACUGCUUCAGAAAGUCAGCAAGAGUUGUGGGCAAACAGCAGCUAGAGGUUUGGAGAGGGAACAUGUUUGUUUCCUAGUAUUUACAAAUAAGUAAAAAUUUGAAGGUGGUUGCAGUAAAUUAUUUCCCUCAGUUCUGUGCAUCUACAAGUUAUCCAUAAACAAAAAUCAAUAAAAUUAUACAAAACAAUAAAGGUACAUCUGGGGUAGAUUUUUUUAUGUUUGGCCAGUAAAUUAAAUCUUAUGAGAGUAUAAUUUUUUAAGGAAUAGUUUUAUAAUUUUUCUAAAUAUGUGUUUGUAUAUUAUGCACUGGUGUUAAGAAAUGACCUUAGGCCACUUUGCAAUUGUAAAUUCUAAACAAUAAAAGUGAAGAUAUAUGCUC